AUGUCAUCCCGUGCAACGACAUUAUUAAGUCAAUCAUCAACUGUCAUUACUACUACCUCUAUUUCCAGUAGCAGCACUACCUCAAGUACCAGUGCCAGUACUCACAUGAUCACGACAACAGCAACAACAAAUAUAACAACGACGAUGACAACAUCUGCCUCUUCGUCAAAUUCGACUACUACAGCUGUUCGCAGAACAGCAUCGAUGGGUACUCGAUUAACUUUUAAUAUUUUUCUUCUUUUGCUUCUUCCUAUGAUGAUGAUGUAA